AUGGUUUGGAUACCAUUUUUUUCAAAUAGUUCAGACAGUAAUAAAGAUUUUGAAAAUAAUAGGAAACAAAGAGAAUUAUGUUGGGAAUCAAGAGAUGACUUUUUUAAUUGUCUGGAUAAGAUUAAUGUGAUUAAUUCAUUAGAUCCAAAAAAUGAAAAAUUAAUUAAUCAAAAUUGUAAAGAUGAGAGUAAAAAAUUCAAUAAAAAUUGUGCUACAAGUUGGAUAAAUUAUUUCAAACAAAAGAGACUUAUCGAUUUUAGAAAUAGUCAGAUUGAUAGAGAACUAGAAUUGAAAAGACAACAAGAACAAAUACAGGAUUAG